UGUAUAAAUUAGCAAUAUGAAAAUAUUCCUGUUGUUCAUGGUCUUCUGUACCAUCUGGUUCGAAACAUUUUCUAUGAGACCUUAUACAAAAUUAAAAGUCUGCAUGAAACAAAAACUAGGAAAUGCAUUUACAGAAUAUACCAUAUUUGAUCCUAAAGAUAGCUCACUUCAAAGCAAGUGCUUUUACCACUGCUUACUGGAACUGAAAGGUGUUAUUGCAAAUGACACGAUCACUUCGGUCGAGCCGAGGAAACUACUUGUAAGGAAGUAUGGCAUUAAUGACGUAGCAGAAUUGAAAAAAGCAGAAGAAAAGUGCCACUCCAUCAGGACUUCUGGACAAUGUGAAUUGGGGUACGAAAUCGUUAAGUGCUACAAGUCCAUUACCCAGCAUUAAACAAAAAAAAAGAAUAAAUAACGCAAUAAUCUUCUGCCUCGAAUAUUAAGUACCUGUUAUUCUGAUGAUAAAUUACACAUUUGACUUAUUUGCCGUAAACAUACAUUUUGGAAAAAACAUCACAAAUCUACAUUUUAGUUAGACAAUAUAAGUAAGUAUAACUCAAAUAAGAUUCAUAUAAAUAAAACACGAAUUCUUU